AUGGCGACCAACGUCGCGGCAGCUGCAAACGAGUAUGCGAGCUCAAUGCGCAAGUUCAAGCUCGUAUUUCUUGGCGAGCAAUCGGUAGGAAAGACCUCGUUGAUUACGCGGUUCAUGUACGAUACGUUUGAUGCAAACUACCAGGCAACAAUUGGCAUCGAUUUCUUGUCCAAGACCAUGUACCUGGACGACAGGACGGUGCGUUUGCAGCUCUGGGAUACGGCAGGACAGGAGCGGUUUCGGUCUUUGAUUCCCUCAUACAUUCGCGACUCCUCCGUUGCGAUCGUCGUGUAUGAUGUCACAAGCCGCGACUCGUUCAAGUCUACGUCAAAGUGGGUUGAGGAUGUGCGUGCAGAGCGUGGGAACGAGGUCAUUAUUGCACUCGUUGGGAACAAGACAGAUCUGGGCGAUAAGCGGUACGUGUCCGGCACAAUUAACAACAGUGAGGUAUCCUCGGAAGAAGGCGAACAGCGCGCAAAGGAGUACAACAAUGUCAUGUUUAUCGAAACCUCGGCCAAGGCGGGCCACAAUGUCAAGAAUUUGUUCAAAAAGAUUGCGCAUGCGCUUCCUGGUGUGGAAGAGCAGGCUGCGGACGGUGCUGCCCACCAGACGAUCGACGUCUCCGCGCAAGUACCCGAGGAGAAAUCGUCCUGUCAAUGUUAA